CUUACAAAUGGCCUCGCCACAAACAGACGCCCCCUAUUAUCACCCUUUUCAGUUCCAACCACGGUGGCAUCAUGAGUAAGCUAUCCAGGGAGACGUUGAACGAGGCGGUUUCCAUCAUCCUGAACCACAGCCUGGAGGUCAAGAAGAGGAAAUUCACUGAGAGUGUUGAACUCCAGAUCUCCCUCAAGAACUACGAUCCCCAAAAGGACAAACGUUUCACAGGCACAGUCAAGCUAAAAAACAUCCCAAGGCCCAAGUUGAAAAUCUGUGUUCUUGGUGACCAGCAGCAUUGUGAUGAAGCCAAGGCAAACUCCCUCCCCAGCAUGGACGUUGAGGCACUGAAGAAAUUAAACAAGAACAAGAAAUUGGUCAAGAAGCUAGCCAAGAAGUAUGACGGUUUCCUCGCUUCGGACUCCUUGAUCAAGCAGAUCCCCAGGAUUCUUGGCCCUGGUCUGAACAAGGCUGGCAAAUUCCCCUCUGUGCUCUCUCACAAUGAAGCUAUGGUAGCAAAGGUUGAAGAAUCCAAGGCCACUAUCAAGUUCCAGAUGAAGAAGGUGUUGUGUCUCUCGACUGCUGUCGGCCAUGUCCAGAUGACCCAAGAGGAACUCGUCGCCAAUUGUAUCCUCGCAAUCAACUUCUUGGUGUCGCUCCUGAAGAAGAAUUGGCAGAAUGUGAAGGCUCUGUACGUCAAGAGUACCAUGGGACCACCGCAGAGAAUCUACUGAGUCGUAUGCCAAAUCAUGUGUAAAUAAAUAAGAGUAAUAAAAUAUUUAUUACUGGGAA